GUCACAGGAGCCUUUGCUGUGAAAGUCAUCAAAAAUGCAUUUGAUGUGACAAGACUUUGAGAAAAUUAAUUCACUAGAUGACUAUAUAUAGCUUCAUUCAAUGUGGUGCGAGACGUGAACAGGAUCUUCCCUGAGUUUACCUCGUAUCAUAUUUUAAGAAAUUCAAUACCUCCCAUUGCCACAGGCGAAACUCACUGGUUGCAGACCUGGUGAGACGCACAACAGUUAAAAAAUCAAAAGUGAAUGACAAUCCUCAAUGAAGUUAUUGGUUUAGGUCCAAGCUGUCGUCGUAGAUCACUACCUUAAAGACUGAAAAACAAAAUUUUGUGCAAAGGUCACUGAAAUGUACAGAGGAAGACAUGUAUGCAAAUGGAUGUAUUACAGUUUCAACGUUAUUAUAGCUAUAGCAAAUAUUUCAAUGAUAUUGAUGUUACAAAACUACAGACAUCAUGACAAGGUGGUCACUGAUAGGGCUGAGAGACAGGACCUUAACAGGGUGAUCCUUGAAUGGCAUCCCAAGCAGCAUUUUCAGAGGAAUAAUAGCUCAUUUGAAGCACGCGCGGAGGAGAGAUUGACGCCAACACUCGACAAUCAGCAUGUCAACGUCACUGGCAAUUUUGGGGGCAAAAUGGCACAAAGAACUACUACACCACCAAACAACGCCAGUAAAAAUAUAAUACGGAAAGUCAUAAAAGACUUUAAAGUAAGGACGCGCAAACUGUAUUCGUUUAAUUGUUUACCUCUCAUAAGAGGUGAUAAGAACGCCGUUCAAUCAACACUGCUGAUGCUGCGUAAAAAGCCAUACAUCCCAGCCACGGACGAAUUUUUGGAGUCCUUAACCCACUCAGAACAUUGUAAAACAUUCAAAUUUGUCCUUGGUUAUGCAGACGCACCUUUAAGUGUUGAGGAGGCUGAAUUCCCCAUAGCAUAUAGUAUAAAGCUUCAUCAGUCUGCCGCGCAAGUUGAAAGGUUGCUUAGGAAUAUUUACAUGCCACAGAAUGUUUACUGUAUCUACGUGGAUAAGAAAUCUCCUCAGCAAUUGCAUAAAGCUAUGAAAAAUCUUGUUGGGUGCUUUGAAAAUGUAUUUUUCGCUAGUCAUGUAGAGGAAUUCAUUUACGCUUCAAGUUCACAAAUGAUGGCUGACAUACAGUGUAUGCGUGAUCUUGCUGAAUAUCCUGUAAAUUGGAAGUACCACAUCAACCUAGCUGGACAGGAGUUUCCGUUAAAAACAAACUUGGAAAUUGUGAAAGUCUUAAAACUCUUCAACGGCACCAAUGAUAUAGAAACAUACGUCGAUCGCACCCCCAAUCAAACGUCAAAACGAUAUUUUCACGGAUGGACGGUUAAAGAUGGGCGGAUGUACAAGCCUUCAUAUACCAAGAAACCCGCAAACAAAUUUGAAUUCCUCUGGAAGGGAAGCGCCUACAAUCUUUUCAGUAGAGAAUUCGUAGAUUUCAUUCUUACAGACCCCGAUGCCAUAACGUUUAUUGACUGGUUACACGACACUUACGCACCUGAGGAAGCCGUUUGGGCAACUCUGAACCGCCUGCCGAAGGCGCCUGGGGGUUACCAGUCACCGAUAGAGGUCAGGCAUGACAGAGACACCCAUGCCUCUAGGGCCGUCAUAUGGAUGUGGGACAGGGGUGUUAAGUGUCAUGGUAUGUUACAAAGAGGGGUGUGUGUGUUUUCAGUUGAAGAUUUACCAUGGCUUCUCAGCAAGCCCCAAUUAUUUGCAAACAAAUUUUAUUUAGAAUAUGAUCCGAUAUUGAUGGAGUGUUUGGAGGAGGUUUUAGAGAAUCGAACUAAAAUUGCUCGCCCUGAAUUAUUUAUCAAUUGGCAAUAUUAUAAUAACUUACCUCAUAUAAAAAAUGAGCUGAAGUAGAUGUUCUGUGGAUCAAAGACAUCCAGCCGGACUUGGCACAGAAAUCAAUCCAAAAACCCAAUGAAGGAAUUAUCGGAGUUUCGGCUGUAAUCUCAUGAAAUAUGAUUACUCGGUCUUCUGCAAAUGGACUUCUGGUCUUCAUGGUAUGGCCACUACCAGGGAAAACUAUACCCAAAAUUUCCAAAACAUGAUUUAUUGACUUAUUUGCAUUCAGAGAUGAUUUAUUCUACUGAUUUGCUGACCUUGGAUUACUGUAGGAGGAAUGUGUACUUCGUCACCUUUUUUUCUAAUAUCAAACGCCAAAUGAAUGUCACAAAAAACUUUUGAAUCGAGAGGCAAUAUAAAAGUUCUUUAAAAUGGAGUGAUUUUAAAGUUCAGUAGGAGUUUUCUUUCUCUUUUUCUCUUUUUCUUACUUUUUUAAAUCUAUACAAUAUUUUAAAAGAUUUAUCUAAAGCAUAUCCAAACUAUGACGGACUCCAUUGUCUAAUUUAAUGGGAUUUUAAAAAAUCAUUCUGGUCAAAAAUAAAAUAAAACAUCAGUUUUCCUAUAGUAGUCAAUUUAUUUAGAAGAUAUAUAAAUACAUAUGUACAGAAUUUAAAUAGCCCUAGUAUACAUGUACAAGGUGUUGAAAAGAUGAAGAAUAUGAUAAAUGUUUCAGAUACACACAGAGUUUGUACGUUGACAUUCGGUUUUAAUUUUUAAAAAUACACAAUAAAAAG